CUACAGAGUCAAUAUAAUUUCAACAAUUGAAAUACGAGAUUGCCAUCCUGUAAAAACACCAAGAAUAAUAUUAAAAACUGUAGCUAGAAAUGGAAAGGAAAGUAAGCAGAAUCCAUCUUGCUUCUGAACCCAACUUAACUUAUUUUCUGCAAGUGUCUUGGGAGACAACCAUAGGAUCUGGUUUUGUUAUUACACUUACUGAUGGCCACUCAGCCUGGACUACAACAGUUUCUGGAUCAGAGAUUUCCCAAGAAGCUGAUGACAUGGCUAUGGAGAAAGGAAAGUACGUUGAUGAGCUGAGAAAGGCACUGGUGCCAGGCUCGGGAGCAGCUGGGGCAUACAAGUUCAUCUUUUCUAAGGAGUCUUGCCAUUUCUCCCUGGAGAAAGAACUGAAAGAUGUUUCCUUUAGACUUGUUUCCUUCAACCUAGACAAAGUUACGAACCCAGCUGAAGUCAUUAGAGAACUCCUUUGUUACUGCUUGGACACCAUUGCAGAAAAACAAGCCAAAAACGAGCACCUGCAGAAAGAAAACGAAAGGCUCCUGAGAGAUUGGAACGAUAUUCAAGGCCGAUUUGAGAAAUGUGUGAGUGCCAAAGAAGCCUUGGAGGCUGAUUUGUAUCAAAGAUUUAUCUUGGUGCUGAAUGAGAAGAAAACAAAGAUCCGAAGCUUGCAUAAGUUGUUAAAUGAAGUCCAGCAGCUGGAGGAGAGUACAAAACCUGAAAGGGAAACUCCAUGUUCUGUCAAAACAACUGAUGAGGUUGGGCUUUAUGACGGAAGCACUGAUGAAGAAAGCGGAGCCGCUGUGCAGGCUGCAGACACUUCUAAGGAUGAUUCCUUAUUUUCAAGUCUGGAUGUCACUGACAUUGCACCAAGUAGGAAGAGGAGACACCAAAUGCAGAAGAAUCUUGGGACAGAACCUAAAAUGGCUCCGCAGGAGUUGCUGCUACAGGAGAAGGAAAGAACCAACAUCCUGGAAGGAGAGAACCAAUCCCUGACAAGGGUGCUCAGUCCUCUACAAGUACACGGUGACAUGGAUGCACUUCUUUGCCCCACCCACACAAAAAAACAAAAGGCUUGCCUCUUCACUGCCUCAGACCUUGAAAGAGGAGAGCACCUCUGCUGAAAACAUGUCUUUAGAAACCCUGAAAAACAGCAGCCCAGAAGAUCUCUUUGAUUAGAUAUAAACCCUAGAAAACAACACUGGUGUUCAUUAAACUGUAUUCUUUAUCCAGUUCCUUUGGAUGAGAAGACAGGCUUUCUUCUUCGCAGCCAUGGUUACUGUGUUUUACAGCUGCGCUAUAUUUACCCAAUGGAUUAUACGAGUGUGUGAUGAUCAGACUGGAUGACAGAGAAACACUUUCCUAUUCCGUUGUUUGUUAAAUCUGAGUUUUGUUACAAAGGACACAUUUGUCGUAUUUGUUUACACAUUAUUGUAACUUUCUAAUGACUCUUGGAAGAUUUUGGAAAUAGAGAAAAAAAUCUUUAAUUCUUUUUUUAAUUGCACUUUAAAUUAUUUUUGUUUGAACAUUUUAAUUUAUGAUAUGACACAUACAAAAUACAUCUUUAUCUUGUGUGUAAACAAUCUGAAAAUCUGAUAGUUAAUAAACGUUUGUGUUCUUAAAGGAA